AUGUUGAGUGAACUACUGAUCAUCUGUCUUUUUUUCGCCACUCGUGUGCAUGCAGGAGCCUUAGCUUCUCACAUAUCAACUACUGCUACCCCGAAGAACUUUGACAACAAGACCGCCUUAUUUAUCGAUGAAGAACUGACAAAAAUAUCCACUACCUGUCUGUCUGGUAAAGAUCACGAAGAAAUAACUGGCAAUAUUUUGAAAGACGAAAUGGCUCGAACGUUUAAUAUUUUUCUCGGCUUCGAAGCAGUUUAUGUAAUUGGUUUGACGGAGUUGCGUUCGGUUCUUGGAUUCUCGCCGUCGGUUCCCUGCAAAAACUUUAAGACGAUGAGUUUAGGAGAGCUGGAAGUCGCAACUAUUGAGGAAUACUACGAGGUGAAGGAACCGAUCAGCUGGCGACACGAGGAAUACGGAUGGAAACUCGAAAAGAACUUACCUCCAGCCAUUUCAUUCCUUGAUAAUAGAUUUCCCGCCAUUCGAACCGCUUUUCGGAAACAUUUAGAAGAACAGAUUGGUAGACUCGAGGGAAAAAUUGAUCGAGCAGCAGUGGAUUAUAUGAUAAAGCAGUAUUAUGUUAUCUAUUCCCUCGUUUUAGAGAAGACGAGAGGAUUGUGGGGGGAAACCGAGGAGUGCAAGACGAAGCGCCCAAAGAAGAACUCAUGUAGGGGCAAGAAUACCUGGUGA